UAUUACCGAACGUUUCCUUCUUAUUUCGGCUAGCUUGAAACGAGUAACGUUGGGAUAGGCCAUAACAACCACCCAACAAGGCGUUGUGCUACUAAGGGGGAAAUACCGAACCGAACCGGGAUUAAAAACGGUUUGGGUUUAGUUUUUAGUCGAGGUAGAUGCAGAAAAAUCACCGGAAAGUCGACGCAAGUGGAAAUUAUUGCACAUCAGAGACCAAAGGUUGACGUCGAGCCGUGCGUAAUGAGCAGAGUUGGGAAAAGAAGGUGUUGAGCUGCAUUUUUUUUCUCUCUCCCUCUUUCUCUCUGCCAGAGACAAGUUGGAUCGGAGUGCUGCCUAAACUACGAGGGGAAACGAAGAAAAAAUAAUGCCUACGAAGCUCCUCACUUUCUGGUAUGGCAGCUCGGGCCUGGAUCUCUGAGGAUGCUUCAGGGUAUCCGUGCCUGACCCACAACUGACAACUGAAAGGAAUACGUUGUCUGAGCAGAAUGACUCAGCAGGAGGGGGGACCCCCAAAUAGCAAGUGAAGAGAAGCGAGGAUGGGUGCCAAUGGAUCCAGCUAUCAGCACUCGUGCUCCCCACGGAUAGGGGGAAAUUCCCAGGCACAGCAGACUUUUAUAGGGACCUCAUCCUACUCUCAGCAGGGAUAUGGUUGGGAGUCAAAGCUAUAUAGCCUGGAGCACGGCCAUGAGCGGCCCACAGACAGGAAGAAGAAAAGCCUUGGUCUGGCAACCCUCAAACGGAGGUUCAUCAAAAGGAGGAAGUCCAGCCGCUCAGCAGAUCACGCGCGGCAGAUGCGUGAACUUUUGUCAGGGUGGGACGUUCGUGACACAAACGCCCUGGUGGAGGAGUAUGAAGGAACAGCAGCCCUCAAGGAGCUGAGCUUCCAGGCCAGCCUUGCACGUCCAGAGGCUCCUAGCUUGCAGCGGGAUCUGGCUGCUCUCUAUCAGCACAAGUACUGCACUGAUGUGGACCUCAUCUUCCAGGGUACUUGUUUUCCAGCUCACCGGGCCAUCCUGGCUGCCCGUUGCCCCUUUUUUAAGACCUUGCUGUCUUCAUCUCCUGGGUAUGGAGCAGAGGUUCUAAUGGACAUUGACACAGCUGGCAUUGAUAUUCCCAUGUUCUCCGCCCUACUUCACUACUUGUACACUGGGGAGUUUGGGGUGGGUGGAACAGAGGAUACAAGGCUUCAGAAUGUGGAUGUACUAGUUCAGCUAAGCGAGGAGUUUGGUACACCUAACUCUUUGGAGGCAGAUAUGAAGGGCUUGUUUGACUACAUGUGCUACUAUGACGCUCUGCUCAGCUUCUCUUCAGACUCUGAAAUGAUAGACAGCUGUAAUGAGAGAGGAGCUGUGGCUGCACUACCAUCAGUGAGUCAAGGAGGCAGUGGGGUCCCAGGGGCUGCAGGGACCCCAGAUGAGGACCUUAGGGCUCACAAGGCUAUCCUCUCGGCACGUUCUCCUUUCUUUAGGAACCUUUUGCAGAGACGUAUUCGCACAGGAGAGGAAAUGACAGAGCGCACACUACAGACACCCACCCGCAUUGUGCUGGAUGAGUCCAUAAUCCCACGGAAAUAUGUCCAGGUCAUUCUCCACUGCAUGUACACAGAUGUCGUCGAGCUCGGGCUGGUUCUGCGUGGCAGCCCUUCAGCAGGCAGCCUUGGUGAGGUGCAAGCCCUUGUGUCAGGGAGCCGUGGGGCCAGCACACGCACUGAGGAGGCCAUGGAGCUGUACCAUAUCGCUCUGUUUUUGGAGUUCAGCAUGCUAGCUCAAGGCUGUGAAGACAUUAUUGUGGAGAGUUUGUCUCUGGACUCUCUUGUCCCAAUUCUCAAGUGGAGCUCCCAACCUUAUGGGUCCAAGUGGGUCCACAGGCAGGCCAUGCACUUCCUCUGCGAGGAGUUCAGUCAGGUUGUCACCUCGGAUGUUCUCUACGAACUUAGCAAAGAACACCUUCUCAGUGCGAUUCAGUCUGACUACCUACAGGCGAGUGAACAGGACAUUCUCAAGUAUGUUGUUAAGUGGGGCGAGCAGCAGCUUAUUAAGAGGAUGGCAGACAGGGAGCCCAACCUGUUGAGUGGUACAGCCCACAGCGUAAACAAGAGGGGAGUGAAAAGAAGAGACUUGGAUGUAGAGGAGCUGAAGGAGAUCCUGUCUCCCCUCCUGCCCUUCAUCCGAACAGAGCACAUCUUACCUCCCAACAGUGACGUCCUCACUGACGCGCUUAAAAGGGGUUUGAUAAGCACCCCUCCUUCAGAUAUGCUACCCACAGCUGAGGGGGGAAAAGCUAAUGCCUGGUUACGGCAAAAAAAUGCAGGCAUCUAUGUGCGUCCACGCCUCUUCUCUCCUUACGUGGAGGAGGCUAAGUCUGUUCUUGAUGAAAUGAUGGUUGAGCAGACAGACCUGGUGCGUUUGCGACUAGUACGCAUGUCCAACGUCCCGGACACACUCUACAUGGUCAACAACGCUGUGCCUCAGUGCUGUCACAUGAUUAACCACCAGCAAAUGGCAAGCAACUCGACCACAGCUCCAUCAGUUGUGGCAAAUGAAAUUCCAGUGCCUCAGCUAUCUGUGGUAAAGGAGAUGAUCCGGAGGCUGCAUGAACUACGACACACAGAGCAGGUUCAGAGAGCUUAUGCUCUUAACUGUGGCGAGGGAGCCACUGUCAGCUACGAGCUGCAGCUGCGGGUGCUGAGGGAGUUUGGGCUGGCAGACGGAGCCACUGAGCUGCUGCAGAAUCCAUACAAGUUCUUCCCAGAUGAACGGUUUGGAGAUGAGAGUCCAAUACUGGCCCUCCGCCAGGUGGGUCGUUGUCGGGUAAACAGCAGUCCAGCCAUGGAUAGCAUGUUCACAGAGCUGGAAGGAGUAGCAGGCUUCCACCCUCCCUUACCUCCUCCACCUCCCCCAUACCACCCCCCAGCCACACCUAGUCACGCCCAGCUCAAGGGUGCCUGGCGACCUCGUGUGCCCAUGCCAACCCCCACCCGUUCCUUCUCCUACCCUUGCAACCGCACCCUGAUCCAGCGCCAUGCAGCCACCAAGCAUGGCAGCUCAGACUACUCCUCUGUGCCCAGGCCCCAGCCCCCUGACUGCACCAACCCACAGGCUAUGGGCCGAGCUUUGCUUUCAGACCAGCAAGCGAUGAGCAUGGAGCCUGUUAUGAGGGAGUUCAUGCCUGACAUUGCACUAGGUGUCUCAGUAAUGUCUCUGAGGGAACAGCACAUGGCAGAAGUGGAGAGGGAAGGCCCUCAGAGCCCCAUGGGCCCCUCGGGCCAUCACCUGCCCCAUGGGCCCUGCCCUUCUUCCCGCCUAAGCCAUGGCUAUGGUCCUGGACAUGGCCACUCCUGCAAGAGACAUGCUCCUGAACCCAAACUGGAAGCUCAAGCUGAGUUCCCUGACCUGUAUGACUUCUCCUGUCGACCUGCAACCCCAACACACCCACUGCCCUCUUUUGCUGGACCAGACCUCUACAGCCACAGCUGCACCGCCUCCACAGCCUAUCCUCCUCCUUAUGUUUCUGACUCUCAGUCCCAAGGCCAUACACAGGGACGGACUGCCCCAGACCCACUACGACUGGAUGUCCUCAGUAUAACCUCUCAGAGGCAUGACGGAGUCCUUGCCAGCCCCUCUGGAGCCCAACCUAGGAUGGGACAUAUUCCAAAGGGGCGAUCAAAUGAGACAGACCUGACUCAUGGCUUAGGCCAUUUACGGUCCCCCAGUGGGAAUAUGGACAACUAUGAGGAGAGGCACACAGGACCUAGAGAGACCCCAGAAGAGAUGGGUCUACCUGGAGAAUCAUCAGGCCCAGGGCCACUCCAGCAGCCUCACAGAAACAGUGUCAGUGAAGAGAUUGUCAGAGACCGCAGGUCACCUAGCAAACCUGACUACCCCUAUAAGAAAUCUGCACUUUAACCCCAGUUAAAAGACCAGGGGUUAAGAAAAGGGAAAAAGAGAUGAGUGGCUGUCUAUCAUAAUGGAUGGCAAAGCACUAAAUGUUUGCCCGUGUGUGUGUGUGUGUGUGUGUGUGUGUGUGUGUGUGUGUGUGUGUGUGUGUGUGUGUGUGUGUGUGUGUGUGUGUGAGAGAAAGAGAGAGAGAGAAGCAGGGAAAAGGGGUGGUCGAUGGUUGCUAUUUAUAGAAUCUGUCCUUUUGUCCUACCUCUAUCACACUGUGCUAUCCAUCACGCAGUCAGCAUGGAAAGAGUAAGAACUGUAGGUUAGCUGUCGAUGCAAGUCUGCCUAGUCCUGCAGGUUUAGAGGAUUUCUUAGGCUCUCCAUGGAUGGAUUGGUCUCUUGAGUUUCUUAAGAAAGAGGUUAGCUCUAUGCUGCAUGAAUUCUGCGUGAGGAAGUCGCAACACUAGAUGAAGCUCAGUUAUAAAAUGAUGGUUGAAAGAUUACAUUGUUUGACUCUAUUGUUUCUUGCACAGAAUGGGAAGAUCACAGGAUAAAGAUCUCAGUUUACACAAAUGAACAAUGGCACACAGUCUGGGAUAGAGUAUUGUGAUAAAAUCAUAUGUAAAUAUGUCUGACAGUGUUCUUUCCCUCCCAGAACUGGUAUUUCCAUUUCUUCUUUUAGCAUGGCUAUAGCUCAGCUGACUGCUUUUCUCCUCCUGGCUCUGGUUCUGCACUAAUGUCGAGUAAAAGACCAUGGCUUGGUCACACAAAGCAGGAAUUGGAUCUGACUGGAAGUAGGCCAUCAGAGCCUGUCAUUCUCAAGUAACCACAUCUGAUUGUGUCAGGUGUAAACCUAUCACAACCUCAUUGUCUGGCUUAAAGGCAGAGUCUGGUGUUUUCACGUGGGGCAGGAGGAUCAUGGGCAGGUUCAUCACUGAGAUACAGCGUGAAAAUAUCAGGGUGCCGCGACAUAAGUCGUUUUCACACAUGCACUGCAGCCCUGAAUUUAUCUAGACAUCAUGCAACAGAGGUGCAAGUGAAGGCAAAAGCCUGAGUCAGUCAUAUGGGGGUAUUAGACAGUUUGUGUGAUGUCAGAUCCAGGCAGCUUUGUUGCCUAAACCACAGAGUAUUUCCAGGAGCGUGAAUACAUCUGAAGCAGACUGUUUCCUGCCGUGUGCUUACAUGUGAGAAAGGACAUUUUUGGAUGACCUUAUUCUACUGAAAAUGUCUGUACAGUGAUCAGAUCAAGCGCUCGGGAUUUGUUGGAUCUGCAGCUAGACCAGGUGUGUGUGAGAGUGUGUCUGUGUGCAAGGAUAACUUGAUACACAUAGGUGUUCACAGGAUCUCAGUACUGUACACUCCCAUGUUUGGUCGGGUCUUUUUGUACAUAUCAGAGUCUGAAAUAAUUAAGCAGUCUUUGGCACAGAGAUGGUCAGUGUGUUAGUUUCCUCCCAUUUCACAUUAAGUAAUCAAAUCUAAAGCCUUAACUAGUGCUUGGAAUAUUCAGUUUUAGCUACCUUUAUUCAAUCAAGUAUGAUGUCUCUAUAAUACCCACCCCCCUGUUAACUGCUUAUUUGACUGUUCUCUACAUUUAAGGAUACAUACACUGCAGUUUUUCUGGUUGGUGGAGGUGGACUCCACUAAACCCAAAUGCUUAAACUGCGUCUCCAUCUCGCCAGCUCAUUGGAGAUUGUGGAUGUGCAUAGGCAGUGUUGAUGCUGUUAAAUAUACUGUUAAUGAGCCGCAGCAGCUGUAGCUCCACAACCCUGCAAGUACACAAAUAAAAAGCCUGUAACAGCCGACAGCUGGCAUACGACCUCACAUACGAGUAUCAUUGCACUGUAGGAGCCGUCUGUUUAUUAGCUGAAGGGAAAAGGAACAAAUGAAUCUCGAACAAAAGGAAUCUUAUAUUGAAGAAAAGUUGGCGAUUGCUGGCUCAUAUCUCCAAUGAAAAUUGUAUAUAUAAUGAAUUGAGUUCCACAUGAUGAAUUUUUAAUGGUUUCUAUCACAUUUUAGUGGUUGUUGAAGGUCUGUGUUUUUACUGUAGUGGACAACACUGUGUACUUGUCUUUGUCAUGAAAUCUCACUAAGAAUGUGUGGUAUAAACAUAAAGAUUGUGUCUCAGAAUCUAUUUUGUUCUUAAAUGUUAUGCAUUUAGGGCAGUUUGUUUGAUAUAGUAGGUGCUGUGGAUUGCCAUGUUUUGUAGAGAACAUUUCACCCCCUUUCCUUUACUUUAAAAGUAACAGGAAUAUGUUGAGGAUCUGAAGAGAUUGAGCUCUAUGCUUAGCAGUGAUAGAGUUGCCAAGCAGAAAAAUCAUUUUUCCAUCUUGGUUGCUUCAUGGGGAAAAAAUGCAAAACUCCAGAUUCCUCCCCAUGUUCAUGUUGGGUGGUUGUUUUAUUUUCCAGGACAAUGUUCCAUUGAGUAAAAGUCCUUGUUUUGCUCUUUGCUGUAGAGAAGUCAGUGCCUUCCCCUGCCUGCGGCUGGGCUUUUAUUGGAGAAGUGACUUUGAUGUCUAUGCAAGCUCUUUUCUACCAGCUUACCAGCCUGCAUCAAAUAAUUCUUUGAAAUCUCAUGUAGCUUGUUUUGUGUACAUAGUGUUAUUUAGCACCUUUUGAAAUUGAACCAUCUGAAAUGUGUGAUUGCUUGUGUUGAAUUGUAACAGGUACAUUGUGCCUGUAUGGUAUCAUAGAAACCAUGUUUGUAGAUUGAUAUUACGUUGCAUUUAGUUUCACGGAAUCUAUUUUUCUACUGUCACCUCAAAGCGGUGCGUAACAGUGGUCAACUUGGGCAUCCUCAAAAUAAACUGGUUUGAUAUUA